AUCGUCACCGUAUAAUCGUCUAUUCUAUCACCAGAAUCACCAUGUACUCAUGUGCAGACAGUGCGGAGCGCAUAUUAUACUGUUUGUAGUAUUGUAGACGCGAGUUAUAAAUGCAAUCAAACAUUAAAAAUAAGUAUUCAAAUUUCAGUAAAUCAGUAGACUAAUAGAAAUGUGAUUGAAUGUUGUUGUAACCAUAUAACUCAGGUGUACAUAUUUUUGUCCUAUAAUUUCCUUAAAUUAGAGGUUAAUCAAACAAAACGUUCCAGUUACGAGGAUACCACCAACUAAAAAUUUUAAUUUUUUUUCAUCUCUGGAGUCCAUCUAUCCACUUUUAGAAAUUGUUUUCAGCUAUUUGAACUAUAAUGAGUUGAAAAUAUGUUCUCAAGUGAAAAAGUCUUGGAAAGAAACAGCAGAAACAGUUUUGAGAAGGAGAAUAAAGCCCAGUUGGUUCACAUGCUACAAAACAAACACAUUACCAAAUUCUCAUCAAGACCACUACAGCCCUAACCUGAAUUAUAACAAUGUUGGUCUGGGAAUAAUUCUAUAUGAUUUCAGAAGAAUCAAGCUCAACAAAUAUAUAUGUAUUCAUUCUGAUAUAACCGAAUUGAAUAAAACGUCAGUUUCAGUUCCACAAUAUUUAGAAGAUGAGUUAAUUCCAAAAAAUGUAGACUAUUGUGCAAUCUCAUGUCCGAAAGUGGUAUCAUACUUCAGUUGUAAGAGCAUGGAGUUAAGGGAUAUCGGACUAGCUUCGAUAUUGGAUGGUUUAUUUCUUCCUAAAAUUGAAAAUAUCAAAAUGACAAUGUUUCAUUGCAAUCCAAUUAAAGACGAUAUUGAGAGGCUCCUCACCGCGUACAAGGAACCAAAUGAUGAAGCGAAAUGUUUGAUUUUAUUCUCAACUACUGAUCAGAGGAGGACUCUAUACAAGUUACUGAAAUACAUUGUACCUGAAGAUACUGCUGCUUCAGUGGCAUUAGGAGGAGGAAUAAUAAAAUCAACCAAAACAUUUCAACGUAACAGUACUACAGAAAGGAUUCAUUCGACUAAUGAGAUUUUUUGUAUAGCAUUUCUGAAAGACAAAAACACAACUGCAAAUUUUGAUGCUUUUUCACAUGUUAUUCAUGGAGAUGCUUUGUCAAAAGAUGAGUUUGCAGAAGAAGUGCUUAAGUUCAAAGAGCAGAUCAAACUGAGAACUUACACUGCAGCAAUUCGCAUAUGCUGCUCUGCAAAAGUAGAUGCAUCUGAUGAACCUAGAAUUUUCAACAAAAUUUUCCCAGAUGUACCUCUUUUGGGCUUUCAUGCUGAAGGAGAAAUUGGAUGGAACUGCAUUUACUCUGAAGAUGAAAAAGGUGGAACCUUCGUCAAUCAGGACCAGACAAAAACAGCCUUCUGCCUUUUAGGCUUCCCAGUUGGUUCUCUAGGGGUUUUGAAACGAUACGAUUGA